AUGUCGCAGUACUUCAAAGAUGCAUUGGCUUUGUGUCGUUCAAUUGGACAUCCUUCGUUGUUUCUCACAAUGACGUGUAAUACCAAAUGGCCUGAGAUAACUGAUAUGAUGAAGCACUUACCAGGUGUAAAGGCUUCUGAUGCACCUGAUGUUAUUGCUCGUGUCUUCAAACUUAAGCUCGAUCAGCUAAUAGAACUUAUUAAAAAGAAGAAUUAUUUUGGUCGGUGUAUCGGCUUGAUGCACGUCAUUGAAUUCCAAAAGCGUGGCUUGCCACACGCACACAUGUUGGUGUGGUUACACCCAAAUGACAAGCCAAAGAGUCCUGGCCAGAUUGAUCAGUUGGUAACGACUGAGAUCCCGGAUAAGGACACAGACCCGGAGUGUUAUGAGGCUGUUAGGAAUUAUAUGAUUCAUGGCCCUUGCGGAAAGGACUUCUCUUAUUCGUCGUGUAUGGCUAAUGGGAAAUGUACCCGUCAUUUCCUCAAAAGGUACAAUAGCAAUACUUAUUUUGAUGAUUGCGGUUUUCCCGUUUAUAAACGACGGAAUACCGGAGCCAAGGUGAAGUGUAAAGGACAUGACCUUGACAAUCGUUUUGUUGUCCCAUAUAACCGAGAUCUGUUGUUGAGAUUCCAGUGUCAUAUCAAUAUUGAGAUUUGUAAUAACUCUCGGUCGUUGAAGUAUUUAUUCAAAUAUUGUUUAAAAGGACAUGAUACCGCGACAAUGAUGCUCCGAAAGUCGAAAGGAAAUGGUAAUGUGGUAAGUGCAGAUAAUAAAUCUCGACAGAUGAAUGAGGUCAAGAAUUAUCUAGAUGGUCACUACAUUUGUGCUUCUGAAGCGUCUUGGAGAAUUUUUGGGUUUGAUAUUCAUUCUCGAUGGCCGUCUGUUGAUCGUCUUCCAAUCCAUUUACCCAAUAAUAAAUAUGUGAGCUUUAGAACUGGAGAGAGUCUCCAAGGGGUAUGUGAUAGGGCGGAUUCAAGAAAUUCUAAGCUUGAAGCUUGGUUUGUAGCGAAUAAAAUGUAUCCUGAAGCCAGGCAGUACACGUACCAAGAAUUCCCAAGUCAUUUCACGUGGUUGCCGCGGGAAUGCAGGUGGAAGCCGCGCCAAAGGGGAGAAGUGAUUGGCAGAGUUUCAGAAGUCCAUGCAACUGCAGGUGAUUUGUUGUUUCUUCGCAUGCUACUAAUGAGGAGGAAGGGAGUGUUUUCUUUUGAAGACAUAAGAACCAUUGAUGGCAUCAUGUAUCCUACUUUUAAAGAGGCCUGUGGUGCUCUUGAUCCUGGAAACCUUUGGCAGUUACACUGGCAGUCUAUGGUAGAUGAUAUUAUACAUAAGAAGCGGAAGGAGAGUGAUGACAAUUCUUUGCAACUAUCUGAAUUGGACAUUCAAAAUUAUACCCUUGCUGAAAUUGAGAAGCUUUUGAAUGACGUCGGAAAGAGCUUAAGGGAUUUCCCAACCAUUCCUUUUCCUGGUGAAAAAUACUUCCAGUCUGAUGUUAAUCGACUUAUUGCUGAAGAAACAAAUUAUGAUGUAGAGGAGAUGUCUGCGUUACAUGACUCUAAUCUUGCAAAGCUGAAUGUAGAACAGAGAAAGAUUUACGAUUCUGUAAUUGCAAAGGCUGAAAAUAAUAUAGGCGGCGCCUUUUUUGUGUACGGCAAUGGAGGUUGUGGAAAGACGUUUUUGUGGCAGACCAUUUAUGCAAAGCUACGAUCGCAACGUAAAAUUGUGCUCCCCGUGGCUUCGUCUGGCAUUGCUGUUGUGCUGCUUCCCGGAGGUAGGAUUGCACAUUCGAGGUUCCAUAUUCCACUUAAACUCGAUAAUUGUUCCACUGCAGGAAUAAAUCAUGGGUCAGAUCUUGCUGAAUAA